AUGGCUAAUCAUCAAAAAUUAGAAAGGUACGGAUCAUCUGACGAUGCGUACUUUAAAGACGGCGAGUGCGAGAGGACUAGGGUUUUAUAUCAAACUUUGUCGGAUUUAAUUCAAGCAAAAUACGAUGAGCUCAUGAAGAAGGAGAAGGGAAGCAAGUUGCGUGAGGAGCAGUCACCUGGGAAAGGCAUAGAAGAGCAGUUUGAAGAAGCAGCUGAUCAACAGGGCAAUCAUCAGCCAAUAGCGAGUGGCAGUCAACUAUCAAGCGGGGAAGACGCCAGUAACUUCAAGUCGUCUAGAGGAACCUUCAGCAAGCUAGAUGACAUGUUCAAGAAGCAGGGCAUCAACUUCAAAGCAUUUCAGCGAUGUCUCGAUAACAUCAAUGUAGAUACCCUUGAAAACAAGUGGGAAUAUGAGGAUGCUUUGAAAACUAUCCAGAACAGAUGGACAGCGAUCGACAACCUUCACUGGGAAAUAGCUGGGGAAAUCGAAGAAGAAGAACCUAGAUACGAAAAUCAGUACAAUCAAUACGAGAUGAAGUUUAAUGAGAUCAAAAAGAAAAUCAAUACCAAAAUGUGGUCCGUGUCCCACAGGGACAAGGCAACCCCACAGAUGGACAUUCCGUCUUUUAGUGGAAGUUACCAGCAAUGGGUUUCGUUUAAGGACCUUUUCAACGAGGCAAUCCACAACAAUCCAUCAUUAUCGAACGCUCAGAAAAUGCAGUUUCUGAAAAGUAAGAUCAACGGUGAAGCUGAGCGUUUGAUUCACCAUCUUCAGAUAAGCUCAGAUAAUUACAUAGUAUGCUGGGAGAUUCUUAAUCACAGAUAUAAUCACAAACGGCUUAUCUUCACUUCACACAUCAAUAACCUUCUAAAUCUCCCUACUAUGCAGCAGCAAUCAUUGGGUCAUAUCAAAAAACUUCAUGACGUAAGCAAGGAGUGCCUACACGCCAUUCAAAACCUCGGUGUGGACAUAUCAACGUGGGACCCUAUGUUGGUCCACAUAUUAUCACAGAAGCUGGACAAUGACUCUUACAGCGAGUACAUCGAGUCACUCAAGCAACCCAGGGAACUACCCAAUUUGCAGGAGUUUAUGAACUUUCUAGAAGGAAAAUUUACCGUUCUAGAGUCAUCCCGUAGGAAGCAAGAUCAACAUGUACCUAAAUCAAACCCACAACAGCAAGCAAAUCAAUCAUUCUAUCAGAAAAAAUCAAACUAUCAAUCACCAAAUAAUAAUAGGCAAAGCAUUCCACCGAAAUCAUUUUACCUAUCAAGUUCCGAGCAACAACGUGACAAAUGUCCUCUUUGUAAUGUGAGCCAUGCGCUGUUUUGUUGCACAUUAUUCAACGAAAUGCCCAGCGAGCAAAAACUAAGGGCAGUGAAUAAACACAAUUAUUGCGUAAACUGCUUAUACGAUCACUUUGGAAAGCCGUGUUAUUCUACCAAGCGAUGCCGACAGUGUUCAGGGAAUCACAAUACACUGUUACACGAUGCCUUUGCCGUGAUCAAUGCAAAGCCGCCGAUGCCGCCGCGGAACAAAAAUAGUUAUCAUAAUUCUCAGAAAAGGAAUGAAAACGUGUCGCAUGUUUCCAAGGAAAACUUUACGGAAAUCUUAUUGUCGACGGCGUUGGUGAAGGUGUCCGGGGCCGACGGCACCCUGCAUGUCAUGAGAGCAUUAGUGGAUCAAGGAUCCCAGAUAUCAAUCAUAAGAGAAAGCGCCGCGCAGCAAUUAGGCCUAAAAAGAAAAGCCUGCAAAGGUGUAGUUUUCGGAGUAGGUGAAAAACAAAACAACAGCAAGGGGAUGAUAUCAAUUUCCUGUCAGUCAAUGCACAGCAACUUCACAUUUAAUGCUGACGUUAUCAUCAUGAACUCACUAAUCAAAAACUUACCAAAUCAAUCAUUUCCAAAGCAAUCGUGGCCUUUCAUAGAAAACUUGAAAUUAGCAGAUCCAGAAUACAACGUCAGCCGCCCCGUGGACCUACUUCUGGGGGCCGACAUAUAUUCAACUAUCAUGAUGGGUGGGAUACUAAAAGGAGAAAACGGUACCCAACCCAUAGCACAGCAAACGUACUUAGGGUGGUUACUAUGUGGUAACUUAAAAACUUAUCAAUGCAACGUCGUGUUAAAUAACAUGCAAGAUAUCCACAAAUUUUGGGAGAUAGAAGAUAUAAAGGAUGAAUCAGACUUAUCAAUGGAAGAUCAAGAGUGCAUUCAGUAUUUUAAAGACACGACUACAAGGGAAUCAGACGGUCGGUACAUAGUUCGUUUGCCAUUGAAAGAGGACAUCAAUUUUAAACUUGGUCAAUCAAAACACAUAGCUACAGCUCAAUUACGAAACAUGGAAAGAAAAUUAGCAAAAAACCCGAAACUCGCUGAGGACUACAAGGCCUUCAUGGACGAAUAUAUUGCAUUGAACCACAUGGAGCCCUGCAAACAAACAUCAAUCUUUGAAUGCUUUCUACCGCAUCAUGCUGUCCAGCGGAGCGAGGCGCUCACAUCUAAAUUGCGAGUUGUAUUCAAUGCAUCAGCACCAACCUCUACAGGAGUGAGUUUGAACGAUCUCAUGUACACCGGGCCAAAUUUACAGCAAGAUUUGCAAUCAAUCAUCAUGAAAUGGCGCACAUAUCAAUACGCGUGGACCGCCGAUAUCGAAAAGAUGUUUCGGCAAAUCAAGGUCAACGAACAAGAUCAAUGUUAUCAAAAAAUCUUAUGGCGGGACUCACCCAAUCAAGCAAUCAGAAUCUAUCAUUUGUCGACCGUGAGUUAUGGCUGCCGUUCAUCACCAUAUUUAGCAAUGAUGACACUGAGAAAGUUAGCAUCAGAUGAACGCCAUAGAUACCCAGCAGCAGCAAAGGUGUUGGAGGAAUCAUUUUACAUGGAUGACGUUUGCCAUGGAUCCCAUUCAAUCGAACACGGACAGCAGUUAAUCAUGGAAUUGAAUUCCCUUCUAAAAUCUGGUGGGUUUUUAUUGAGAAAAUGGUCAUCAAACGAGCCGAAACUAUUAAAAAACCUCCAAGUACAAGAAAGCAACGACAGCAAUCAUUUUACGUUCAAAACAGACAGCAUAUCAAAAACACUCGGACUGCAGUGGAUACCCGAAAAAGACGUGUUCACAUUUACCUGCAGCAUCCCAGAUCAACCACCUGUAAAACUGACCAAGAGAAUCCUACUGGGAGAGAUAUCAAAACUAUUCGAUCCAUUAGGUUUCCUGGCGCCUAUCACAACAAAACUCAAAAUACUAUUUUAG